AUGGACGAAAUAACUCCCCAAAUCCUCCACACCAUCAAAGAAAAACACACAAUCCGCAUCGUCGUCGACGUCCCCACCCAUACCUUACCCCCGGAUAACAUCUUGAACGCCGCAUCCGACCUAAUAAAACCAUUAACCCAAACAUUGGAAAGUGAACACAACCACGCCCCCAAAACCCAUUUCCUAGCUGUAGACGUCUAUCCACGACACACGUACAUCGUGCUCGACAUCAACAACACCCGAUACGACUACAGCACCGCGCACCUAGCCGAGCAAAUGUUCCCGAUCCCGGUCUACAUUCUCCGGCGUUGCCUUUCGAAACGGGCUCCUACUACUACUACUAGUGGUGGUGAUGAUGAUGAUGAUACCCAUCGGUGGAUCUUCUUCCGACGCCCCGUGGAAGACCAAAGACUCGCCGUCACGAUUGCCGAGUUACAUCGGUGUAAUGGAUCAGACCCGACGCCGUUCCUGGCGGAUCAUGUCUAG